AUGUAUGCACCCACGCGACUUCUCCUCUACCUGCUCCAGCUCGCGCCACUGGCUGGCCUAGCCUCAGCGACACUGCCUGGCAACACGCAGCAACCCCUGCUGCCGACCAACGAUAACAAGACCGACGCACCUCCACCGAUCGUUUCCGUUGAGCUUUUCCGGUCGCUCGAGCGCACGUCGCGCAUCGUCGAUAUAACCUACUGCGUCGGCACCUCGGGGAUAUCGCAGCCAUUCUCCUGCGUCUCGCGCUGCAAGGAGUUUCCCUCGUUUACGCUGGUUUCGACAUGGAACACGGGGGUCCUGCUGAGCGACAGCUGCGGCUACAUCGCUGUGGAUCAUGGCGUGCGCAGGCCAGGGGAUGAGGAUAGGUUCAAUGGCGAGGUUGGGGAGAAGGCUAUCAUUGUCGCUUUCCGCGGAACUUACAGCAUCUCCAACACCAUUAUCGAUCUGAGCACAAUACCGCAGGAAUACGUGCCUUAUCCCUCCCCCGAUGACGGCGGCAAGUCGCCCAAAGAGCCUAAGCACGAAUGCAAAGAUUGCACCGUCCAUAUGGGCUUCCUAGCGUCGUGGCGCCAGGCGCGGAACCUGGUGGUCCCCGAAGUGAAGAAGUUGAGAGAGCGGUACCCCGACUAUCCUAUUCAUCUUGUCGGCCACAGUCUCGGGGGCGCCGUUGCCAUGCUCGCGUCCCUCGAACUAAAGGUAUCAAUUGGCUGGGACAACAUUGUCGUUACGACUUUUGGCGAGCCCAAGGUCGGGAACCAGGGCCUCUGCGACUACGUUGACGAAGUCUUCGGAUUGAAGAACGAGGAAGACGAGCAUUUGUCAGAGCGGACCUACCGCCGCGUCACCCACGCUGACGACCCGGUGCCGCUGCUCCCACUUACAGAGUGGGGCUACAAGCCGCACGCCGGCGAAUACCACAUUGCCAAGGCGGAGCUGUCGCCGUCGCUUGAAGACGUGAUAGUCUGCCGCGGCGACAGCGACGCGCACUGCAUCACGAAGGGGGAUGGCGGCUUCUUCGAAUCUAAAGUGCAGGAAUCGGCAGAGGUUGCAAGGUCGGUAAAAGAGGCUGACGAAACCAAGUGGAUAAAGAGGCUGCCGGGCUUUCCGGCUCGGCUCAAACUUUGGCAGCUGCUCUUCGCCCACAGGGACUACUUCUGGAGACUCGGACUUUGUGUGCCUGGUGGCGACCCGGCGAAUUGGGGGAGAGACAAGUACGGCGGGCGCGACGAUGCGGUAUCAGAUGAGCUUUGA